AUGUCAAUAACCAACAAACAAUUACACACCCUUUAUGUCUCAAAUCUUAAUGACCAAGUCAACCAAUCCACCUUGAAACAAAACUUGUACAUCCUCUUCAUAACAUAUGGUGACAUAAUAGAGAUAAAUAUGGAUAAGAAGAAGCUCAGAGGUCAAGCUUUUAUAGCUUUCAAUAACGUUGAUAGUGCCAAUCUGGCAAAAAGAUCAUUGAAUGGUACAGAAUUUUUCGGGAAGUCAUUAAAGAUUGAAGUGUCUAAUCAAGAGAAUAAAAAAAUCGAAGAACUGCAAAAAUCAAUUACAAUCAAUUAA